GCGGCGCGGCCCUCGGCCCCCGGGCGUUUCCCCCCCAGGGCCAGCCGCGCCGCGCCCCGCCGCGCCCGUUCGCCCACGGGGCGGCUCUGCUCGGCUGCCGCCUCGGGCGUUCGCCAUUGGGCUCGGCCGCCGCCUCGGGGCUCGGCUGCCGCCUCGGCUUCCGCCUCGAGGAUCCCGUUUGCCCCCAGGGCUGAGGCGCCCAGGGCCAUGUCGAUGCCUCCCACACUCCGCUGUGUGGGCGUCGAGGCCAUCGCCUCGAGGGCGCUCAACGGCGCCUACGAGUACAUCGGGGCCGUCGGGGGCAGGCCGUGCUACCGGCAGAUGGGCAUCUCGUGCCGCAACAGCCUGUGGUUCGCCCCCGGCGCGGCCUGGGGCGCCUCCUGGGUGCUCACGACCGGCGAAGCCGCCGAGGGCGCCGCGCCGGAGGCCGUGGCCCGGAGCCUCUCCGCCGCGCGGCACCCGUGGGAGGUGGGCGGCUGGGAGGUGUGCGGCCUGGGCGACUCUUUCGUCAGCGCGCCCGCCAUGCGCUUCGUCCAAAUGCCUCCGGACGCUGAGAUCCUCGUCGAGGCGCCGGAGACCCCCAGGGCCUCCGGGACCUACCGCCGCCGCGGUAAGCCCGGCGGGGGCGACGGGGCCUCCCGACGUGCUCGCUGACGGCGGAGGCGAGGAGGCGAGCCUGAGGCUCUUCUUCAUGGAGGGCCAGCAGAGUUGGUAUCUCGCCGAGCUUGCGGACCCGGAGGAGGAGGGCGUCAAGGAGGUGCUGCUGCGCUCCGUGCCCGCCCCGGGGCCCGCGCUGUGGCCCUGGCAGACGGAGGACCACGGCUGGCAGCGGCCGGCGCGGCCGACCCACGGCCUCCUCGUCGACGGCGAGUGGGUCGGCGCGCCCGGGGCGCGGGUGCGCCCCGGGAGCCCGGCGGUGAGGCUGUGCAGCGUGUCGGAGGAGCCGCUGCCCCGGGGCCUGCGGGGCGCCUACCGGCCGGCUGGGAUGCUGAACGGCCGCGUGUUCUACGCGCAGGACGGCUCGGCGGGCCACGACCUGGGGGAGGAUGGUUACGUGGGCCAGCUGUACGUCUGGUACGCCGAGGACCGGGGGCAGUGGGUGGUGUCCGUGCCGGAGCACCUUGGCGACUCCUCGAUCGUGCGGGCGCGGGUGUCGUCCAGGGCGUGGUGGCCCUGGGAGGCCCACCUGGGCAGCUGCACCAGCCCCUCGGCUCUGGGGGCGCUGGUGCCGACUGCGGUCGCGCCGCCCUGGGAGGGCAGCAAGUUCGGCUACGCCGCCAGGGCGCCCUGCUGGGAAGCGUACGACGGGGAGGACUUCCGGCCCGUGCCCCACCUGGCGAUCAGGAUGGAGGUGCCCAGCCAGUGCGAGGCGGUCGGCAGGGAGGGGGCGCAGCACCCCUUCCUCGGCGCCUACGACCUCGCGGAGAUGCUGGGCGGCCGGCCGUACUUUGUUCAGCGGCAGCCCCUGUUGCAGGACGACAGCUCGCCAUCCAUGGGGAAGCAGGCCAUGUUGGCCGCCAAGCGGUGCUUCGUCAUCUGGUACUCGGAGGACUCUGAACACUGGGUCGUCACCGAGGACUUCCGGCUGCUCUACGACCUGCUGGACUCCUACCACGUGAGCGCGCGCGCCGCGGAUACCUGCUGGACGCCGUGGGAGGUUGCGGGCCGCUGCUGGGAGGUGCCCGACGGCUCCGGAGGCUGGGUGCGCGACCCCGAGCUCAGCAUCCGGCCGUUGCGGUGA